GGAUUUGUGAAAGUUGCACAUGCCCAGCCCCUUGUCAGGAUUUUCGGUGCAUGAGUCAAAUCGAGAUUUGCAGGGAAAGGGAAACGUUCGUACUACCAGCUUGGGGCAGCGGGCCGGAGUCAUGGCUGCUUGCCGCGGAGUAUUGCGUAGAUUAUGUCAUGCGAAGUUGGUGUUUACAAGCAGCAAUUUCGUCGCAACAAACUUGAUGCGAAGACCAAGUGAAUUUGGAAAUUCUUGUUCGGUUUCGAAUGCAGCGGUAGCAUCGUCCCCGUGUCCACAGUCGAUAUCAUUUUUGCAAGUGCAGAUGUGGAGUCCUUCAAGGGACUUGAGGUGGUCGUUGUGGAGGUGUGUGACGUUGAGGUCUGUGCAUGCGGCGGCGUAUAAAGACGAUCUUGAACGGGAUGAAAAGGAUGAAAACUUUAAAAGAGGGGGAGCGAUAUGCGUUUGUGGUAGGAAGGUGGAGGAAGCGUCGACCAGAAUCGCCACCACAGAAGCAAGGAACCUUGUACAGCAAGUGCACCUGUCAUCUAUUCGGAAGAAACUGUGAAACGAUUCGCGCGACAGUAUCAGCUAUGAGGAGCUUCUUCACGUUAUCCAGACAACGAGGAUGGUCUCCAACAACGAGGAGGCCAUGCGCAUGGCGCAGGUGUUCAACCAAGCCGGCGUCAUGCUAAUGUUCCGGGACAAGGUCCACUUGCAUCCUGAGAAGAUUACGGAGCUUGUGGCGAGCGUCCUGCCACUGUCUCUCAUCGGUGAGGACAACCCACGAAGCAAGGAACUGUUGGCGUUGUUGAAGGAGAAGGAGGAAAUCGACAGGAAGGCUCACAAGCAGAUGCGAUUGGUGCUAUGGACAGUCCUUUGCGGGAUCGUAAUAAAACUGCUGCUCUUCUUCCGGCUCACGUUCUGGGAGUUCUCGUGGAACGUCAUGGAGCCCAUCGCCUUCUUCACCACCGCUAGUGGCUUGGUCUGCGGCUACACCUACUUCAUGGUCACGUCGAGCAAUCCGAGCUACCAAGACCUCAUGCAGAGGAUCUUCCAAUGUCGGCAACGGAACCUGUUCCAGAAGCAGAACUUCGACAACAAACGCUUCGAAGAGCUGCGAGUGCAGUGCGAGGCAUGGCUCCAUCCACUCCCGCACAAGGGUCUGCAGGAUGCGCACGAAGCGACGCAGCGAACGGCGCAGCAUCGCCAUGCAACUCUCUCCCAUGUCUUCACUCCCUCGUCGCUCAUCGUCCGAAAACAUGCCAAAUUCGGGUUUAGUCGUCGUAUUUUAGGGUCAGGGCUUUAGAAUCAAACGGAAUUAGGUUGGAGAGGAAGAAUAUAUGUAAGUAUGACCAUUCCCUGGUGGUAAGCCCUGCAUGCCAAUAACUGUUGAAAAUCUUGUAUAUAUUUUGAGGUCACGUGAGAAAAUGUUAUAUAGAAA